UUCCUCGGUAACACGCCAGAAACACACUUGACUUCCUUUUUGCAAAGUUUCCUGUCUCGUUGUUGGCGUGUGUCACCUUCAGCGCGUGGUGGUACAUCCUUGUCCUCGAGACUGACAUGACUUAAACGCAACUUUUUCUUCGUGCUUCUCCAGCAGACAAGCCAGUCAUGAUGCUCCUCAGCUUGAAGACCUUCUGGGUUUUGCUGUGGGGACUGGCUUCAGUAGCAGGUGCAUUGACAACUAUGGACACAGAAAAACUACGUGUUCCCAAGCAGGAAGCUUCAACUCUACCCGCAGACCUCUUUGUAGACGACGAGCCCGCCACAAGAAGAGCUGAUGGUUUGAUGGUGACGUCUACGCUCACAGUGAUGGCAAAGUUACGUCCGACUUUCAGCGACUCUCCAGAAACUGCUGAUAGAACAUCUCACGACGGGACUACUGAAGGUACAAAACCUACAGAAGGUCAGCAACCAUUUACAUCUUCUCCAGCAACCAUGACCAUCAGUGAGAUGGAAAGAAAUUCCACUCCAGUCUUCAUCCAGCACCACAGCGGUCCUGGAACAACUGGAAGAACAUCUGCUGAGCUGACCUCCACGCUACAGACUACUGAACCAUUAAUGUCAGUCUCUAGCUCUAUGCGCUCAUUCCAAAACCUCAGCAGUCCUGCAAGUUUUGGAACAACCGGAAGAACCUCUCUUGGUCCAUCAAUCUCCAGCUCCAUCUCUUCAGGCUCAACCCAAAACCUUAACAGAACAACUGAAAGAAUGUCUACUGCAUCAGAUUCUCCUGAACCAUCAACAUCCAGCUCCAUCACCGAAUCAUCUGCUUCAAGCCCGUCAAAUAGCGGACUAACCUCCAAGCCUCAGCCUCCAUCUAGGUUCUUCAGUUCCUCAUCUUCCACCAGAAUCCCAGCAACCACAAGAUCUCCACCAUCUUCCCCACCACCUUGCGUCCCCGUCAAACCCAGUGAGGAGGACCAGCUCUGCUCCACCCGUAGCGUAGUCAAACCCUGCCUCAUCGCCAUCGCUUUUCUAGCAGCACUAGCCACCAUCUUCAUGGUGUCCACCAUCGUCCUCUGCACCAAGCUGUCCACCAGGACGUACCAUGUGGAGAGAGCCAAAGAAGAAGAAACGGAGAUGAUGUUCAUGUCUGCGCUUCUACCGGAGAGGAACUACGCCAGCUUGAGACAGCGCAGCCCGGCGGUGACUAACGGUGUCCUCGUCCUCCACGGUGUGGGGGACAGCGAUGAGGACGUUAGCGAUAAUCUCACACUCAGCAGCUUCCUGCCAGAAAGUGACCGUUUUGUGUAGAAGGGACCUCAAACAGAGACCUCUUUGACGGAGGUGAAACUUCACAAGCCCGCACUCACCCUGCUCUAGGCGCACCAUCACUUCAUCACACAACGAUCUAUUCAUGGAAGCUUCACCACUCGGUGGAAUAUUUACAGCAAUCCUAUCAUUUCACUAGCAUUUUUGCAGUAGUUCCUUCAAAACAGCAGAGCUCUCCUGUUACAUAUAGAGGAUCUUUGAUGGGAUUUACUUUUUCCAGUAUGUCCUUCAAAACAAAUUGCAUUCCUGUCACAAAGAGGAUCUUUGAUUAGUGUUUUUGCAGUAGGUGCUUAAAAAUAAGAGAGGACUCCUGUCACGUAGAGGAUCUUUGAUGUCCAUUUUUUGGUAGGUCCUUCAAAACAAAAAGUGUUCCUGUCCCGUGGAGGAUUUUUGAUUUGCGUUUUUUGCAGUAGGUCCUUAAAAACAGCAGAGCAUUGUUAUAUAAAGGAUCUUUGACUCGUGUUUUUGUCAUAGGAGAGCGCUGCUGUCAUGUAAAGGAUCUUUGGUGGUUUUUGUGUCCUUAAAUACAGCAAAAGAUCUUUGACUAGACUUUUUGCGGUAAGUCCUUAAAACACCAGUCAUCUUCUAUCAAAUAGACGAUCUUUGACUUGUUUUUUUUGCAGUCGGUCCUUAAAAACAGCAAUUUUCCUGUUAUAGAGAGGAUCUUUUGACUCAUUAUUGCAGUAGGUUCUUAAAACAGAAUCAGAUCAUCUUUAGUCAGUUUAAAUUUUUUUCAUUUUACAGUUUCACAAUUUCUCAGAUUUUCCCCUAAAAAAGUCUAAAAAUAGAGCAAGAAUGUGCAUUAUUUCCAUUCCUAUUCGAAUAGAAUUGUCCUAAUAAAUGUGUUCUCUGUGUGCAGUCCGUCAGUUCCCUUAUUUGUGCUGCAUAGACGCCUUCUCAUAUUCACUUCCCUCUAAAGAAAACAGACCUGAAUUCUUAAUAGCCGCAUGCAGCCAUGUUUUUUCUUUCAUAGACAGGGUCCAGACAGACAGAAGUAAGACCUGGACCACAUAGGAGCACGAGAUCCCUUGAUGAUGACCAUAUAAAGCACCACUUGUCUCCACUGAUUACAAACACAACACUCUGUCUCCCUAAAGUGGACACAUACGGCGUGUGAGUUUAGCAGCUGUAGAAAAUAAGCCAUCAUUGUUUCCAACAUGAACAACACCCCCCCCCCCCCUUGCUCUUUUUUUCCACCCCCAUUUCUGCAGGCUGUCCACACAGGAAACAUUAACCUCUUCCUGCAUUAGUUGGCCGCUAACACACGCCACCGCUGUCUGACCUGACCCGCACUAAGUCAUUGAGGGGAUGAUGGGGGGUGGGAAUGAAGGGGGCUAAGAGGUCACAGGGAAGGUUGGUUUUUGGAUUUUACUCACUAACGACCACAAAUUAGCUUAACAGUCAACAUAUAA